AUGCUACCAUCGACAGGUUAUUUUAAAGGCAUUAAUUGCCCUUUUUAUGAUAGCGGCUUAUGUGAAAGGCCGUAUUGUCAUUUCCGUCAUGCAAAAAAAGACUCUGUGCUGAACCCCUCAAAUGACGGGAUCGAAAGUGGAGCAAUACUACAAAAACUUGUAUCAGCAGCAGUCCAGAAAGUUCUUCAACAGAACGAGGGAUUAGCAACGGCAACGUCCACACCUGCAGUUCCAACUGAAGGAACCACUGAUAUUAGUAAGAUAAACAAUGUUGUUGUUCAGUCCAAAGUCACAUACAACCCCACUCCAAUAGCUCAAUUAAAUAAAAUCAAUAAUGCAAGUUUCGUAGACGUUGAUGAUUUAAAUGAACAGAGAAAAAAGCACAUUCCUGUGCCAUAUACGCCAAGAAAACCUGCAAGUGUACCAAUCAAACGGCCAACUGAAACAAAUGGCUCUACAAAACCAUUUAUUUACAUUCCGCCGCCUGUAAAGUAUACUCCAGGUUGUGCUGAAGCUAUUGAGCUAGACCCAUAUACACCUAAAGGUGCAACAGAGUGUAAUGAAAAGUACUUACCUGGAAUUGAAAAAGAAAUACAGGAGUAUAAACCUAAAGAAUCGCAAUCAUUGAACAAGCGUAACUAUGUUCCUUCUGACAGAAAUGUUAAUAAGAAGAAAAUUUUAGAAUAUAAACCCACUAAAGUGUCAUCAAGUAAUGAAAUUCCUUCAGUAACAUACCAACCAACUCCCAGGUUCUUAGCUCCAUGCUUUUCAAGUGAUGAAGAUGAACCAGAUGUAAAAAAAGUAAAAAUUGCAAAUGAUAUAAAUGGGUUGGAUGACUUAGGACCAGAGUUUGACAUUUUAGAUCAGAUACUACAUGAAGAAAAACAACAUCAGAACUCAAAUUCAGAUCUUAAUUCUGAACUGGAUGUUACCACACAGGAGCAAAGCUCUAAACCUGAGCCCACACCAAGUGAUAGUGUCAAGCCUGAUGGGAUUAAAUCUACUGAAUCUUCAUCUCCAAAAGAUGCUAAGAAAUCAGAACACCAUAAAAAGCACAAGAGCUCAUCUAGCAGAAAGGAAAACCGCAAAUCACAUGAGAAAUCAAAGUCUGACAAGGAUAAAGAUAAGUCUAAUAAAGAUAGGACACACAACCACGAACAAAGUGACAAAAAGACAAAAGAGCCAUCUCACAAGAGUCAUAAAAGUGCUAGCAGAGAUAAAAGUAAGGAAAAGGUUGACAAAAAGGAUAAAUCUUCAAAGAAAGAUAAACCAUCUUCCAGAAGCUCUAAGCACUCAGAUUUGAAGUCUUCGAAAACUGAAAAGCACUCUAAACAUUCAAGUAGCUCUAAAAACAAGGAUAAAAAAAGUGAUCACUACAGACAUUCAAGAGAAGAUAAAAAAAUGAAGAAGAAAGAUAAGUCAGUUAUUGAUGAACUUAAUCAUGAUAGUAAUUUUGCUGACAACACUCAAUUUGACCAAAGAGAUGAGGGUUUAUACAACAUUUCAUCAGAGUCAGAUGAAGACGCAAUUGCUUUAGAGUGUAAAAGGAUUUUUGAAGAAUAUGUACCUGCAGAAAAGAAAGUAGUUGAAGAAUCAUGUGAUUUAUCAUUAGAAGACAAUACUAACACUGAAUAUGUGUCAGCUAAAAAGCGGAUAUCAAGAACAAGUGACACAAAGGUAAAAGUGUUACCUAGGCCAUCACUAAAACCAGACUACAAAGUAAAUGCAGCCCAGACCAUGGCUGAAAGAUUGACCAAAGUCAGAGAAUUUCAUGCUUCACAAAACACUGGUACCUCAAUUAGUGAAACAGCUUCUUUAAAAACACACACAGAACCGCCAAAAACAUUUACUCCACAUUCUAGCAAUUCCAAAAUAAGAAUUGCACAUGUUCCAUAUGCUUCCACAUUAAUGAGUGCUAAAAGAGGUAUUCCUCCCCCUAAUAUGAAAAAGGAAGAACCUACUACAAGCUCUACUAUGGCACAAACUAUUAAAAAAGGUGUACAGCGAGUAGCUCAUAUUCCAAAUGAAAAAUUUAUAGAUCGUCCAGGCGUUUUAGAACCUUUAGCUUCAAAAAUUGCAGCUAAUAUUCGCUCUACAUAUUUAAAUAUGAUGAUAGAUGAGUGCUUAAAAAUUUACUUAUCGGCGACUGAUGCUUAUGCUAGAGCUCAACAUGAAGAAUUGGCUACAAGUAAAAAAUGCUCUACUGUCCAAAUAUAUAAAAAUUCUGCUGUUCUAACAGUUAGUAGACUUAGGAAAGAGCUGCAAGAAUGUAAUGGUGUUAAGAAAUCUGGGUCAGAAUGUUCAGCAUUGCAAAAAAUUCCUCAAUCAAUAUCAGGUCAUACAAGUCAAGCUGGUUCAUGGAGUAUUGAAAAUAAGAAUAGAAGAGUUAUAGAUAAUGUUGAAUUUGUUGGAGCUAAGUUUUAUAAUAAUAUUAAAAAGUGGGUUCUUAGUGAAGAGCAAUUGAAAGAAAAUGGUUUUCCACUACCACACAGUUCUGGAGAAAAGGGCAGGGCAAUAAUUUAUGGGCAAAAUAAGCAAAAACCGCCAAAAGGUUUUAUACGAACAUGUUGCAGAUGUAAAAAAGACUAUACUAUUGACAAGAAAGGCUUUCCUGCAGUUAAAGAAGAGUGUAUUUAUCAUCCUAAUAACAAAUACAGAGUUCGAGGUGAGAUAAAGUACCAAUGCUGCAGCCAAGACGGUUCUUCAGAUGGUUGUUGUAUAGCACCAUGCCAUGUCUAUGAGUAUGUAGAUUAUGAAAACUUAAAAGGGUUUGUUAGAACUUUGCCACCAGAAAGAGAAAUGGAUGAUUAUGCUGUGUACUCCUUGGAUUGUGAGAUGUGUUAUACUACACAUGGAUUGGAUUUGACUAGAGUAACAGUGAUAAAUUCUGCCUGCAAAGUAGUUUUUGAAUCCCUUAUAAAGCCGUUGCACCCAAUUAUAGACUAUAAUACUAGAUAUUCUGGUAUUACAGAAGAGCAGAUGGCAAAUGUGAAAACAACACUACUGGAUGUUCAAGCAACUAUACUUACUAUGUUUAAUUCUAAAACAAUUUUGAUUGGUCAUAGUCUAGAGUCUGAUUUUAAAGCUCUUAAAUUGAUUCAUGGUUCUGUUAUAGAUACUAGUGUCCUGUUCCCUCACAAAAUGGGACCUCCUUACAAAAGAGCUCUUAGAAAUUUAAGUUCAGAAUACUUAAAGAAAAUAAUUCAGAAUUCUGUUGAUGGCCACGACAGUGCUGAAGAUGCUAGAGCAUGUAUGGAGUUAAUAAUAUUCAAAUUAAAAGAAGAUUUGAAAACUAGGUGAAUGUAGCAAUAAUUAUUAAUGUUUUUCAUGUUACAAUGAAAAUGGUUAAUAUUAUCUGUAAUUCAUCAUCAUCAUAUUUACUGUGCAUCUUAUACAUUUAUUGAAUAAGUAAUAAGACUUUGUAAUCAUAUACGGGCCAUAUUCUGCAUAAGUGGGUUAACCCACAAAAAAUCGUAAACUGAGUUAUGAAUGCAGUCUUUAUACCUUGUAACAUAAAGUUUAAUAUACUUUUCACUAAUAUCAUAAAAAGAAUUGGACUAAUUGUUAAAUCAAAAAAUUGUUGUCAUAAAACCUGGUUCGACUCAUAGGAGAAUUUCGUAAAAAUGUGUUACGUGUGGUUAAACCAUAAAUGCGUAUUACAACCAUUGAGGUCAAUGAUUACAACACAUAUCUUUCAACGUGGUUUGAAACGAUUUAGUUUAAGUACGCUUAACAAAAUAUACAACUUUUUUGAAAACUACAUAUUUUAAGUUUUGUAUGUGAUGUGGGCAGACUGGAAAAUGAUAUAGAUUCUGAAACGAGGAUUGGGCGAUUACAAUAAGGGAACUUUUACUGCUAAAAUUAGAAUUUGGCUAAGCGCACCUUCCGAGAUAUUUAUUACAAAAACUAAAGCUUAUAUAUUCCCAACGGUUUUUAAAAAUUAAAUUAUACACAUUACGAUUUUUACGUUUUAACACGUUUGGAAGCAACUGUACUCAAAUAUAAUUGUAUUAUUCUUUUCUCUAAACUUCGUUAUUUAAAUGAGUAAGGACAAAAAGUUGCCAAACAUCUUUAAUAUCUCGAAACUGUCAUUUUGUGCGUUAACUCAUU